GAGCGGUGACGUUGAGUUGGCGAGUCAUUCCCCGAUACCAACACCUCCAACGACUUCGCUUCCAUCUUAUUUUCAAUCGUUCUAGGGAUACUCAUUCAUCUCAUACAAGAUGGUCAGAGGCGCAGGGAAGUUCAAGCAGAAGCGUGGUGGUGGUCGCAGUUUCAGCAAACAUAUGGUUCUAGAUGAAAAUGGGACUGCCGUAUCGGACGAUAAAUGGAGCCGUCGUGACAAGGGUGAAGAUGAGGAUGAUGAUGAUGAUGAUGAUGAUGAUGAGGAGGAGGAGGAGGAGGAAGAGGAAGAGGAAGAGGAAGGGGGAGAAGAGGAUAAACCCGAAAUGUCUCGCACUGAACGACGAGAGCUCAAGAAGAAACAAGCUGCUGAUAAGCUGAAGGCUGCUGGGGGCGGUGAUGAUGAAGAGGACGAGGACUUGAUCAAUCCAAACCACGUCAAGAAGAAGAUGAACCUGUCCGAUCUGAGUGCUCCUAGGGAAAUGACUAGAAGAGAAAGGGAGGAGAAGGAGAAGCAGGAGGCGAAAGGUCGCUACUGGAAGCUUCACGUACAGGGCAAGACCGACGAAGCCAAAACUGACCUGGCACGUCUAGCAAAGGUUCGGGCGGAGCGAGCUGCUGCGCAAGCGAAGCGCAAAGCGGAAGCUGAAGCCAAAGCGGCCGAGGUAGAUGCUAAGACUGCCCAACAGAAGGCCAGGAAGAAUAAAUAGAGCUUGGCUCUCUGAAGAGUUGUAAUGUGAAAGCUAUCAUUGAUCUGUGUCGUUGUAUUGACUGCCAUAUGCCAUUGAGCGAUUAGUUCUCGUAUAUUUCCCUGACGACUUCAAAUGCCCCAGGACGAGCCAGACUCUGUCACGAUCAACUACGAAUAAGUGUGCUGGUACUAUUUUUCAUUUUGCGCUAUGGUAAUUGCGAACAGAUUGAGUAGGAAUUCUUCUGAUAACUUUCGCUUCUUUAGAAACUUCCAUAGUCCAAGGUUCUGGUCCAUUGUCCCAGUGGAAUUCUGAAAACGAAUAAUCAUAAAUGAUCUACCAGAC